GAUGAUGCAGCGUAUGGUGCCUUAGUUGUGAUCGAGGACGAUGUUGGCGGAUGAUCACUGGGCGCUUCUCCAGCCAUAAAGCGGUGAGAAGGAAUACCUCAACAGCAGUGUUGUAACCUCACUUCAACUCCUUUCUUUAGCAGUUGCUCCCAAGAUGACUGCUGAUAUUAUAGUCAACGUGUUCAAUGUCAUGAACGAACCUAGCCCGGCUUUCAUCAUUCAACUCCAGAUCCAAGACAGCCAACGACUCUCUGAAGCAUGCGAGGGCAAGGGCAAAGGCCUGGAGGGCGAGCUGUCAGACUCACAGCUCGCAGCAGAGCUGUAUCGAGAGAACUUGGAGCACUAUGCUUCCAUCCUUGCUGACCUGCAGAUGACAAGAAGCAUUGCUCGAGCUUGCCAAACCGAUGGAAAUCUUCUCACAACUUCGCUUUCGCAGGAGCAGACCGCAGCGAGCGAUCGAGAGAUGGCGUGCAGGCUUGGUGGUGUUGCAGAUCCGAACUCCAUCCCGCCAUGGACAGUGAUCUCUGAGGAGAUGGACUGGGAAUUGCUUGCGAAGAGUUCGACACCGAGUCCACCGCAACCGAAGCUACUGCUGAAGGGGGAUAUGGCGUGCCAGAGUCGUCCCACUGGGCGGCCAGAUCUCUUUCGCGCAUCGAUGACUCAUUGUUCCCUCCUGGCAGCGUGCGGGUGUUCUUGACUGCAGAGCAUGUGCUGCAGGACGAGCAGAAGAAGAUCGAACUCGACACGCCAGAUCGAACGUACUGCUCCAAUCCCCUCUGCUCGGUCUUCAUCCGCUUGGAAGAUCCAUGACUGGUGACUCGUUGUUCCCUCCCCGGUGCUGUCGUCAGCCCAUCACCACUGGCAGCGUGCGGGUGUUCCUGACUGCAGAGCUUGUGAUGCAGUGCGAGCAGAAGAAAAUUGAACUCGACACCCCAGAUCGAACAUACUGUUCUAACCUCUGCUCUGCCUUCAUCCGCUUGGAGGAUAUCACGGAUGAGCAGGCCUCUUGUCCGGACUGCGGCACUGUCACCUGCACGCUGUGCAA